GCACCAACUCAUCCUGCUCUGAAGAACAUACCUGCCUCUGAAAGGAAGAAGUCCAAUCAUGAAGGUUCUGGUGGUUCUCGCUCUCCUCUCCGUGUGUCAUGCCAACAUCCUGUGGCCCGAGGUGCAGAAAACCAACCUGGAUGUGGUGAAAGAUGCUUUCUGGGAMUACGUUGCCAAGGCGACACAAACCGCUGAGGACAACCUGAAGCUGAUCCGAGAGUCUGAGCUGGGACAGGAAUUCAACACCAGGAUCUCUCAGAGCGCAGACUCUGUGAACCAGUACGUGGUGGCUCUGCAGACCCAGGUGGCUCCCGUGUCCCAGGACUUCCUGACCCGGUUCACCCAGGAGGCCGAGCGGCUGAAGGUCCGCCUGGAGAAUGACAUGACRUCUGUGAGCGCCAACGUGAGGCCCUACGCCGAGCAGCUGGUGGAGAAGAUCCAGAACCAGGUGGAGGAGCUGAAGACGGAGGCGGCCCCCUACGCAGAGUCCAUGAACCCCGAGGCCCUGAAGGCGGUCCUGCUGCAGAAGAGCCAGGAUCUGAAGGGCCAGCUGGAGGCCRGCGUGGGCCAGCUGCAGGCCCAGAUGGUGCCCUUCACUGAGGACAUCAAGCAGAAGAUGGAGCAGAGCCUGGAGGACUUCCAGGGCAGCGUGAUCCCCCUGGCCAGCAGCUUCGAGACCCAGCUGGCCCAGAAGACCCAGGAGAUCCAGCAGAGUCUGGUUCCCUUCGGAGAGGAGCUGAAGGCCAAGCUGGACUCCAGCGCUCAGGACCUGCAGGCCCAGCUGACCGCUCUGUGGGACUCCUUCACCCAGAAGACCCAGUAAAAGACUCACCCAGAAAUAAAAUAUUUAUAAAACUUCUGCUGCUUGAAAUAAAAACCUCCAGUCCUGAAGUCCUGAGUCAUGACUGAAAACUGCUGAA